CACCAAUGUUAAGCAAAUGCUGCCUUCAUAACUUAUUGGACCGAACUACGCAUCUAUAUAUUUUCGGCUACAGCUUGUUUUGCCUGGACCGGCUUACUUACUGUACAUCGUUCAACGAUACCGUUGCGGCUAAACUAUACGCGGAUACAAGAGGAAUAUAAAGUCUCCACACUUCUUUCCAGUCUCCACACAUCUUGGUAGAGGAUCAUAUUAUUUUCCAAGACACAGUCUUCUCUUCUGCUGAACAUCGACCUUCUAGCUUGAAAUACGUUGGGAUGCGAAUCCAUAAAACAUAUGUGUUGGUUGGAACUGCACUACUGAUCCAGUCUUCCUGAGGAUGUUGGGUAACAGCAAACUGAUAUAAGUAUUGGUUCCACAAUUAUACAGAAUAAUAAUAGUAGAUUUUUAACGUGCAGAAUAACAGUUCAUUAUAUAAUUGGAUAUCACUCACUCCUUUAUUCUUUAAUUUUGGAUAAAUUAGUUAGUAUUGCAAAAAUGGAAACACUCACAAGCCCUUGUAUCUUAUGUCUUGGAUAAAUCAGUUGAAUACUGCAAGUAAGACCAAAUUUACAAGCCCUUGUAUUUUGUAUAAAUCAGUUUAAUACUGCAAGUAAAACCACAUUUACAAGCAUUUUUAUUUUGUAUAUUGGAUACAGUUUAUCACUGUAAAUGAAUCAUUUGAAUACUGCAAGUAUAUGAACACAUUUUAAAGCCCUUGUAGCCUACAGUAUAUAGAGUUCAAUACCUCAAUAUCUUAAAUUAAUCGGUUGAAUACAAGUAUGACCACAUAUUCAAGCCCUUGUAUUUAGAUCAAUAGGUACCUCAAUAUCUUGGAUGAAUAAUUUUAAUACUGCAAAUAUGGCAACUUUGACAAGCCCAAACGAGCUGCCCGAUUGGAAAAUGAUCGACCUGAGUCAUGAGGAAAUCAUGAAGGCUCUGACUCAACCACCUCAAGAACACAAAAUCGACAAAGACUACCAUCUGACUUGUUUGGUCAUCACGGACGAAUCUACAACCGAAUUCACCAGUAUAAUGGGCACAGCAGAGGCUGCAUCAAUAGCGGACAAUAUUUACACCACUUAUGGCCCACAAAACGAUGACAAAUGGACUGAAUUAUCUACCUCGGAAACCUUAUCAACUAUACACGAAAAUAACCCAGAAGUGUUGCAUGAAAACCUGGGAUCAUCAUCUACCUUCAACCAAUUGGAACAGGAAAAAAACCCAGGAAUAUUGCAUGAAAACCUGGAAUUAUCAUCUACCUUCAACCAAUUGGAACAGGAAAAAAACCCAGAAAUAUUGCAUGAAAACCGGGAAUUAUCAUCAUUGGAAAACAUCUGUUCGACUACACAUGAAGAAUCCCCAGAAAUGUUUAAUGAACAACUAGAUUUGAAUUAUGGGGAGGUUUCAGAGAAUUUGAGAAUACAAUUGUUAGAUAGAUUGAAUGAAUACAUUUUCUCGAGCAUUGAUACUUCUCAAUACACAAGUUUCCGGGACUUUGGUUUGGUGUAUUUAGGAAAAGCUCUCCAAGUAAAACCCCAAAAGUUGACCCAUCUUUCUCUCAGUGGAAACUUAGUUACAAGCGAAUUGCUCAUUGAUUUCUUAAAAUACCUACCAGGGUCUGAAAUUUGUUCGCUCAGUUUACCAGAAGUGGUUAAACAAAUACCUUCUCACCUUAGAGAUAAUUCAGAUGAUGAUGCAGAUAGUUCAGAUGAUGAUAAUUAUGGAGGUCGUCGAAUACCUUGGCUGAAACAUCUUACUGCCAAUGAUGAUUAUGAUAUUGGUAAUAAUAAUAAUAGAGGUUGUCUCAAUAUGAUGUAUAAAUUGUGCUGUGUUUGUAAGAGGAAUACAAUAAUUAAUACAUCAUCAUCUGGAAUUAGCCUUAUUAUUCAUGAAAGUGAAAAUGAUGAUAAUGAUUCCUGGUUGCAAUAUCUUGCAACAAUAUUAAAAGACACCAAAAUGAAAUCUCUGGAUUUAAUGGUAAUUUUAUUGAUAAUGCCAUCAACUUAGAGGUGCUUUCAGGUUCACUGGUUGGUACACAAAUAUCCUCCCUUGGUUUAGGAGGAUGUAAAAUUCUAGAUGAUGGCUUAAAAUGCUGGCAAGUGUUUUGAAUGGUACAGAACUCGCCUGCCUAGACUUGAGUAACACUGCAUUGGACUGUAAGAGGUUGAAGAUGAUUGUGAAUGGUUUGGAGGGGACAAGCAUUACAACCCUGAACCUGAGCUCAAAUAAAAUAGGUGUUGAGGGGCUGAAAUGUUUGGGCGGUGUUUUGAAAAAUACAUCAAUCACAGCUAUCGAUAUCAGUGAAAAUAAGUUGAAUUAUGACUGCAUAGAUGUGUUUGCACCUUAUCUCGUGGGCUCAAACAUUACUUCCCUAAAUUUGAGUAGCAACAAGGUUGGCGAUGAUGGUGUUAACUGCCUAGCGAAUAUUUUGAAAAACCAGGACACACAUAUAGAAUCCAUCGAUUUGGGAUUUAAUUUUCUGUUCGAUUUGCAAACGUUGGCAGAUUGUUUGCCAAAUACGAGAAUCAAAUCACUUUGUUUGAAAGGAAAUUAUCAAUCUAAUUUCCAAAGGUCGGCUGUCUUUCAACAUUUUUCCAAACAAUUGACAAAAAUUACAUCGAUCAACCUCAGCAAGUGUAAUUUAAGCUGCGAUGAUUUGAAACUGUUUGCAUCAGGCCUGGCUCUUUCAAACAACACAUCACUCAAGUCACUUAUUUUGAGCCAAAGUGAAAUAGACCCUGAUGGUAUCAUAACUCUGCUUGGAAUAUUGAAGAGGCAUGAAAUCACUCACCUGGAUAUCAGUUAUAGCUGCGGUAAGCAAACAUGCUCACAAUUGUUAGCAUGUUUGAAUCAAACCAGUGUAGAAUCUCUAAACUUCGAGGGUAAUGAAAUGGAUUACCAGAGUUUAGGGGAGGGUUUGGUGAACUCUAGGAUAAAUUCAAUUUAUCUUGGUUACCAUCAACUCCCAUACAAACUCACUUCAGAUGUGAGAUGUGCUAAUUUCUUUGCAAGUUUGAAAUUUAAUUCGAGCAUCACCUCACUGAAGUUGGAUUGCAUUUGUUAUGCAGACUCAGCCAUUAAAGAACUGGUUUCCGUCCUUGAAUUCACAUCGAUCACCUCGUUGAGUCUGCUGAGUCUUGGAGAGUUUUCUUCGGAAUGCAAUACGUUGACAGAUCUGAUUCUGCGCUUGCCUGCUACCAAAAUCACUUCGCUCAAUCUUAACGGAAGCAAAAUUUGCGGCAACAUAUUUUACCUGGCAUCUGUUCUGGAACUUACUGGAAUCACCUCUCUCGACCUGAGCGAUUGUACAAUUUUUGAAGGAAAUCAUAUCAGUGAGGUCCAAAACAAAAUUGACUCAAACGAUGAUGGCUCACUCAACCUGAGAAAUAGAUGUCUCUGUUUUUUCAGUGUUUGUUACUUGGCACGACAACUGUGUCAAGGAAAAUUCAAAAAACUCAACCCUGUCCGGUAAUAGAAUGGUUUACAAUGCUAUGAAAUAUCUUUCUCAGGGAUUGUUGGGCUCGCAAAUCGUCAAACUUGAUCUGAGUUCGACCAGAGUGGACUGUUUCGGCGUUUACCAUCUAGCCAAAGUGCUCAGACACACUAGGAUAUCAUCAAUAAAUCUAUCACACAACGAAAUUGCCUGCAAGGGUAUCAGGUAUCUGGUAGAUGGUCUUGUCGGCUGGCCUAUGGAAUUGCUAGAUUUGAGUGAAAACCUAAUCACAGACGAAGGUGUCCAGUAUUUGGCCCAACAUCUCGCAGAUACUGGCAUCUCUGAAAUAAAUUUGAGUGGAAAUGUGAUUGGGAACCAAACAGCAUAUCACUUGUUCAACAGUGUGAAACAAGAAAAUCGAAUUGUGAGAAGAGUUCACCUAGAUCUUAUGAGCUAUGACCUGACUAGCUACAUGGGUUUGUUCAAAUACCCAGAUUGUGUUGUAGAAAUCUGCGAACCGUGGUCUAGAGAGGAAAAUGUUAAUCAUCUGAUAAACGAUACCUAUCGAAAAACAGGGUAUAACAAAAUUGGUUUUGAAGGGCGAACAUUUUGCACAUUUGUUUGGAGCAUUUGAAAACAUCAGCAUCACAGAGUAUGAACAUCGCUUCAGUAAUAGACCUAUCCAUGAUGGUCGGUCGUCAGUUGAUGACAUAUCUCCCAUAUUUUCAAAUAGCAAUAUCGGUGUCAUAAGUGUGCAUUAUUACAAUUAUGAAAAACUGAUGACAGAGAAAAAUUCCAUUUUGAAAGUGAAAGCUAUUUCACUAAAAUUGCAGAAGAAUAGUAUAAGAACUCACCAGUUACAAAAUACUUUUAGUAUCCGCUAUUUUCGUGCACUGAUUAGCAUCAAUAUUUUCUACCUGGAUUUGAGUGAUAUCCAUGAAACCUGUUAUGAUAUUAGGAUAUUGACUGAAGUUUUGAAGGAUACCAAAAUAAUUUCUCUGAAUUUGAGAAAUAAUGGUAUAGCAGCAAGGAAAGCUGAGAUUUUCGCCAACGUCCUUCCACUAACCCGAAUUAUCUACAUAGAUUUGCACGAGAAUAGUAUUGACUAUCCAGCUUAUGUAUGCCUUUCAAAAGCUGCCCGCAAGUCGAGUGUUUGUUGGCUAUCGCUGGGAGACAAUAA